AUGCUCAAGACAAAGCAAGGCACGGGAGAUGUUGCCAUACCAACAAGAGGCCAGGGAGGGCUCCAACACGGCAGCUCGCUGGAAGAGCUGUUGAAGGUUCAACUGAGCCGGUCCUUCUCCCUCCAUUUCCAGAGGAGCCCAUCGAAGGAGUCAAAAGGACCGUUUCAAACAGCCAUUGUCGCUGAUCUCUGGGAGGCAACAUUUGACAUUUGCUUCUCGCCUGGGCGAUCGAUAUCUCUGUGUGUCCCGCCUGUCCGCCUGUCCGCCUGUCCGCCUGUCUGUCCGUCCGUCUGGCUGGCUGCUCUGGCCGGCUGCUCUGCCUGUCUGUGUGUACGCGGGAUGCAUGAAGUCAAGAACUUCCCUUUUGGAGCAAUGGAGAACGAGAGCUCUCUUUCUUCCAAGGCUCGCGCGGCAGACCAGCAGCUGCAACACCAGCAAAGGGACACUGGCAGAGUGACAAACACGACGAUCCAGACCAUGAGCGUUCUUCUUGAAACCUCUCUGGGAGACAUUGUUAUUGACUUGCUAACCGAGUCUUCUCCCCGGGCAUGUGAGAACGUGCAGAAGGGGUUUUCAUUCCAAACGGGCGACCCACUCGGCCCUGAUUCUCCAGAGAGCGAUGGUGGAAGUUCGAUAUGGGGGGUUAUCAACGGGCCAUCACAGAAAAACUUCACCGUCCGUUUUCCACCGAAAUUAAAGCAUUCUGAGCUUGGGACAGUGAGCAUGGCGACUGUCCCGUCGGCGAAAGACGCGGAUGAGCGGCUCGCUGGGAGCCAGUUUAUCAUAACACUCGGAGACAACCUUGACUACUUGAACGACAAGGCAGUGAUAUUCGGACAGGUAGUUGAGGGAUUCGAUGUCCUCGAGAAGAUCAACACCGCAUUCAUUGAUGAUAAGGGGAGACCGCUGAAGGAUAUCCGUAUUCGACAUACUGUUGUCUUGGACGACCCUUACGACGACCCUCCUGGCUUGCAGGAACCGCCGGAGAGCCCCCUCCCUACCAAAGCCCAGCUAGCUACUGUCAUAAUUGCAGACGAUGAAGAUCUAGACCAGGAGGCAGACGAAGAAGCACUGGAAAGGAUACGUCGAGAACGUGAGGCCCAAGCACAAGCUUUGACGCUUGAAAUGGUUGGAGACCUUCCGUUUGCCGAAGUGAAACCGCCCGAGAACGUCUUGUUUGUUUGCAAACUUAAUCCGGUCACACAAGACGAAGAUUUAAAUCUAAUAUUUAGCCGAUUUGGCAGGAUCUUGUCAUGCGAAGUGAUACGAGAUAAAAAGACAGGAGACAGUCUACAGUACGCUUUCAUCGAGUUCGAAGACCAAAAGGACUGCGAACAAGCCUACUUCAAGAUGCAGGGUGUGUUGAUUGACGACCAUCGUAUUCACGUGGACUUUUCGCAGAGCGUGUCGAAGCUAUCAGACUCGUGGAGAACAGCAACGAACGCCAAACGAUCUAGCCAAGGGGGCGGGUUUGGGGGCAUAUCUAACCUCGAGAAACGACGCCAGUACCGCGCAGCAGAAGCAGGAGAUCGUCGAAGCAAGGCAAGGGGUCUCCCCGCCCCUCAAAGUCUCGUCGGAGAGAUUGCUCUCGGAGUUGCAGCCGGAGUCGAAGCCCUCCCAGUCAUUCGCAUCGCGACAGAUCCCCCAGACGCCGUGAUGGGUAUGACAGGGGGCCACGGCGGGACAGGGAAAGGUACAGGAGCCCUCACCCAAGACAUGAUGAACGAGACUAUGGCCGUCCACAGAGACGGCGGUGAAGCCGUCUAA